GGGAACAGCGCGUUUGGUCAGUCAGUCAGUCACACAGCGGCGUGACACGGUCGAUGUGUUGAUUUGUUUAUUUGUGUUGAUUUGUUGAUUAGUGUUUUGUUGAUUCUGUUUAAUCAGCAGCUGUUAGCUCUGUGUGCAUCACCCUACAUGAGCUCCGAGUCAGAGCGGGGUUUCUCCGGUUUCUUCCUUCUGGAGAGUUGAUUCUUUCUAAACUCCAGUACACAAUGUCGCAGUGGGAGCGUCUGAAGCAACUCGACUCGGUGUGUUUACAAAAGCUGGAUGAGCUGUACCACCCUGAGGAGCUACCCAUGGCUGUGAGGGAAUACCUGGCUCACUGGAUAGAGGAGCAGAACUGGGACGCAGCUUCACGGGACUCGUCCCGGGCCGUGGUCCUGUUCCAGAUCCUGGUGGAGAAUCUGGAUAAUCAGUACAGCAGAUUUGUGCACGAGAAUAACUUCCUUAUGCACCGUAAUUUCCGUCAUUACAAGCAGCAUUUCCAGCAGAAGUACCAGGAGAAUCCGUGCAAUCUGGCUGAGGUUAUAAACUGGUUCCUUGUUAAGGAGCGAGAGAUUCUGGAGUCAGCAGAACUUGCACAGCAAGUGCAGAUGUUGCAGGUUCAGCAGAGCUCCAUGGAGUCAGAAACUCAAAGGCACUUAGAGAAGAACAUACAAGAUUUUAAGAGCAAGGUUCAGGUGAUGGAGCACUCACUAAGGUGUCUGGAGGAGCAGCAGGAUGAGUUUGACUUCAAAUAUCAGACGCACAAAAUGGAUGGAACCACAGAUGAAACAGAGAGAAACACACAGAUAAAUGUGCUAAAAAUGAUGCUGAACAGACUCAACACUGCCAGAAAGUCAUUUCUCUCGGAGAUGGAGUUUCUGCUGGUCAAAGCCGAUCAUCUCCAGAUCAUCCUCUUGGAGGAGCUGGAAGGGUGGAAGCACAGGCAGCAGAUCUCCUGCGUCGGGGCUCCAGCAGACACCAGCCUCGAACCUCUGGAGAAGUGGUUCACUGCGGUGGGGGACGGGAUUUUCCAGCUGCGUAAGUUCCUGAUGAAACUGGAGGAGCUUCACAGCAAGUUGAGUUACGAGAACGAUCCUAUCCAGAACCUGAGACCCGCAUUACUGGAACAAGUGGACACAAUACUAACGGCCCUGCUGAAGAACGCGUUCGUGGUGGAGAUGCAGCCCUACAUGCCGCAGGGUCGAGGUCCUCUGGUUCUGCGCACAAACGUCCAGUUUUCCGUCAAAACCAGGUUUCUCUUUAAGGCUCCUGAACUCAACCAUGCCAUGAAAGUGUGUGUGUCCAUUGACAUGGACGCCCCGAAUGUGAAAGGGUAUCGCAAGUUCAACGUUCUGGGGACGUCGAGUAAAGUGUUGAACAUGUCUGAGAGCAUGAGCGGAGGAAUGGUGGCAGACUUCAGACAUUUGACUUUGAAAGAGCAGAAGAUUGGAGCAGGAGGGAAAGGCAGCAACGACCUGUCCCUGAGUGUGACUGAGGAGCUCCACACUAUCCGCUUCCAGACGCAGUUCAGUUUGCACGGUCUGUCUGUCUCUCUAGAGACGAACACUCUGCCUGUUGUAGUCAUUUCCAACUCCAGUCAGCAGCAGAGCGCCUGGGCUUCUGUACUGUGGUUCAACAUGCUGUCUACUGACCCCAAGAACCUGGUGUUCUUUGCGAGUUCCCCUGUAGCCACCUGGGCCCAGCUGGGGCAGAUGUUGAGCUGGCAGUUUCAGUCGUGUGCUAAACGAGGCCUGGAUGCAGAGCAGCUUCAGACUCUGGCACAGAAACUUUUCGGAAACCAAGAUGACUAUGAAAGUUGUAAAAUAUCCUGGACCAGAUUCUCAAAGGAGAACAUUCCUGGACAGAACUUCUCCCUUUGGGUUUGGUUGGAUGGAAUUCUGAACCUGGUGAAGACUUACCUCGCAGAAAUGUGGGAGGAUGGGUCCAUCAUGGGUUUUGUAAGUAAAGGAACAGAGAAGGUGCUGUUGAAGAAGAAACAGGGAGGAACAUUCCUCCUGCGCUUCAGUGAAAGCAUCAGAGAUGGAGGGAUCACGUUCAGCUGGGUGGAGUACUGUGUUAAAGGUAAACCCAACGUGAGGACGGUGCAGCCCUUCACCCUAGUAGACCUCAAGCAGAUUCCUUUCCCUGAGAUCCUACGCAACUUUCAGAUCAUGGAGGCGGAGAAUGCCCCGGUGUACCCGCUGCAGUUCCUGUACCCCAACACCCCGAAAGACCAGGCGUUCGGCAAGUACUACAACGAGAAGACCGGAGCGGAAAGUCCUUACAUUAAAUACAUCAAAACCAAGCUGGUCUUUGUUUCUAAAGAGAACGGGUGUACGAGUGCGACCGAAGGCCCGGCGCCUGAACUGUGUGCUCGGCACAACGACCCUCCCUCUCCUCUUGAGGUGUACCCUGACAUGAUGCUGCAAGGACCAGAGAACUCCCCGAUGCUUAGCAACAGUCCGAAUUCUCCCAGCAGCGUUUUGGAAUAUCCACUCAACGAGAUUCCUGAAGAGCUCAUUACGGAUUUUCUUUCUGAAUUUUCUCCGAAGAACUCUCGUGGUGUCAGCCUGUUCCUGAACCUGCCCUCUGAGGCUCUCUCUCCAGAGAGGUGCAUGACACUGCAGGAGUUCCUCAGUGACCCGAACCUCCUGGAUGGUGUGAACGUUCCUUUUGUAGAGUAAACCUUCAGCCUGAAUCUUUUGAUGGUGUAAUUCUCUCAAAAAUAUAAACCUGUGUAUUUUCUACUGCUUUUUUACCUUUAACAAGAUCUACACCUGUGUUUCGGUGUGUUCGUUCCAGUGGACAGUGCAGCUGCAGCUCACGUCUCUAAAUAAACCCUAGUAAUGUGCGGAAUGAAAGUGUCCCAUGAUCUUCAUGUAGGUCAGUCCGGCUGCUCCUGUAGGAACCCGUAGAACAUCGUAAUAGCCUGAGGAGUGACGACAAGUCCAACGAAUGCCUGAUAGAUUAGUUGAAGGAUUAAUCAGUGGGUUAAUCGAGAAGUUAGUCUGGGAGUUAGUCAUGGAUUAUUCCAGAAGAUGAGGGGAUUCAUUACAUGAGUCAGGGGUUGAGGGAUUAGUCUGGGGUCUGUUCUCUGAUAAGGGGAUUAGAAAGGAGUAACCAUGGGAGAUAAAAGGUAGAAGGUUCCACAGAGCUGGUUUUUAUGGAACCCCGUUCGCCCCUUAAAUCAGCACUGAGACGCAUGGAGGUGGCAGCAGCAUCACGUCAUGGAGAAACGUCCUGAGCUUCUCCUCUACAUAGUAACAGUUUAGUGAAUUCAUAGAGUGACUUUAACAAUAAUACAGUAUUUAUCUUAAUCACAGCAUUGCCAUGGUAACUGCACUGCCCUGCCCUGCCCUGCUCUCUGGAACACAAACAUCACCCCAUUUUUACGAAAAGCAGAAAAAACAGAAUUUUGUGAACACAGGAUCUCUCUCUCUCUCUCUCUCUCUCUCUCUCUCUCUCUCUCUCUCUCUCUCUCUCUCUCUCUCUCUCUCUCUCUCUCUCUCUCUCUCUCUCUCUCUCUCUCUCUCUCUCUCUCUCUCUCUCUCUCUCUCUCUCUCUCUCUCUCUCUCUCUCUCUUUCCUUCAUCUUCUCCCAGCGAUGGUUCUCAAGUAAAUGUGAAGGAAAAAUUAGUUACAAAAAAAAGAAAUGAAUCUGACCAACGUAGCACUUUAUAUGAAAGAAAAUGUUCUGCUCAGUAUGAUGAUUAUGGUGAAUGUAACGAUCAGGUUUUCACCAAAACUGAACCACUGGGAUCUGAUCAGGAGUCUGAUGUUGCUUUGAUGUCCAAUUUCCUGUAAAUGAGUUUAACAAAAAUAAAUAAAAAAGCUUUUAUUUUA